AUGAUGCAACAUUAAAACUUUCAACUAGAUUAAUUAAUGAUUAGAAACCUAACUUAAUAUUUACUUAUUACUAGAUAGAAUCAAAAGAAAAAAGGAAAACUUUAUAAAUUUUUAUUAUAUAAUACUAUUGACAUAUGGUAUAUAAAAUCCUCAAAACAAUAAAAUUUUUUCAGCAAAAAGAAGUUUAAUUACUAGAAUCCUUGCAUAGGAUGCCUUUAAUUAACCAAUAUAAUAAAAAGAAAACGUUUCCCUAUCAAAUCAGUUAUCAAAUUAUCUAACAAAUGGAAUCAUAUUGUUAACAAGAAAAAAGGUGAUAUAAUGUCAAUCAAAUUAACAAUUCCAAAAGAAUAUUCUAAUAAUAUGCCAAUUCUUUUUAAUUAUUGA